AUGGAGCCUAGCCAUUCAGCCCUAUCAAUCAGUGGACCAGUUCUGUCGGAACUAACUUUCACAUGGGCACACAAUGCUUUUCCAGCGAAGGCAGCAUGCUGCCAGAUCUCUACUAUGUCUUCAAUCAGGAUCCCUGCACUGUGGCUGCCUCAAUAUGGCACUACCAGAGGACUCGUCUGCUUCCCUUUGGAAAGGCCCAGCUCUUCCAAGUUAACCCAAGUCUGCACACUGAGCACUGCUGAACCUGCCAAGUCUCGGCUGACUUCAUGUUUCUCUAGAGAAGCAGCACUCUGCCAUAUAUCCCAUCAAACCGGAGACAGUUCAGGAACUGAAGUCUCUUUUACUGUCAGUUUGGCUCAGCCGUACCUCAGGAAGCCUGAAGUGAACUAUCGGUCCUCGUUUGGCCUAAGAACAUUAUCAAAAUCGUAUCCUAGCUUGAACUCUGGUCUUUGCUGUCAGACGCCCGAGUACUGUAGACGACAAUAG